CUCUCAGCAACCCCAAGCGCUGGAGUGGAGGGAGCCUUUCUCUCUGUGGGCGGGAGAGGCGUUAUUUUCCCCGUCCCGGCGCAUUCUGGGACGCGUAGCUCCAGCCCUCGCCUCACACGCCCGGCUCUUGCCCGUCUCCCUCCACACACACACACACACACAGGCUCGGAGCGUUUCCCGCCCAUUUGUUCCCCCUCCUAAGGGGACUACAGCUCCCGUCAUCCUCAGCGGUUUGUUUUCCCUUCGCACCUCUCCGAGCGAGCCCUUUCCCCCUCCGUCCCCUCCCCCGCCGCGCCUCUGGGCUGUCAGGUUCUGAGAGGCCUGUCCCUCCGCGGCCACCGUUCAGACCUAGAGUGCCUCCGUCACUACCUCUUCUCUAGCUCUGUCCAUCCGGCCGGCCCCCCUUCUCCUCCUUUUUCCUUUCCCGCCCACCCUUUCGAAGACCUUUGACCUCUCCCCUCCGUUGUUAUGUCGGGACUGAGCCGCCGCCGCUGCUGCUGCUGCCGCCGCAGUAGCAUCCGUUAGCGCGCGCGGCCUUUUCGGUCUCGCCUCUCUCUCUUCCCCUCCCCCUCUUACUUUGCCUCCUCCUCCCCCCCCGAUUCGCCUCAGCCUCCUCGCUAGUGUGCGCGCCCGCCCCUCCCCCAACGCAACCGCGCCUGAGUAACGGUCGGCCGCGCGCGCCCGCCCUGCCUUCUCCGCCCGCCCUCCUCCGCGCGCGCCUCCGUGCCGUGACCGCCCCUCCCCCACCCGUAGCUGCCGUCACCGCCGAGCUUGUUUUCUUCUCAGAGGAAGAUGAAGGAGAUGAAGCAAAGGAGGAAGAAGGAGCGCACGUGGGCUGAGGCCGCCCGCCUGGUGCUGGAAAACUACUCUGAUGGACCCAUGACCCCAAAACAGAUUUUGCAGGUCAUAGAAACAGAGGGCCUAAAAGAAAUGAGUGGCACAUCCCCAUUGGCCUGCCUGAAUGCCAUGCUUCACUCCAAUUCAAGGAGUUGCGAUGGACUUUUCUACAAACUCCCUGGGCGCAUCAGCCUUUUCACUCUCAAGAAAGAUGCUGUUCAGUGGUCUCGGAACUUGUCUGCGCCUGAAGGAGAGGAGCUGGAGGAUGGGGAAAGCAGCAGCUCCAAUGAAGCCAGCCCCACGAGCGGCGAUCAUGAUGUAUCUCUAGAUGAUACUUCCUCAAGUGCUUCUUGUUCCACUGAGACUCAGAGCAAGAGUGUGCCUGCUGUUCGGGAGUGCCAUAGAGCAGCCUCGCAGGCAAGCAAACAGAAGAAAAAGACAGGUGUGAUGCUUCCUCGUGUAGUUCUGACUCCUCUGAAAGUAAACGGUGCUCAUAUGGAAACGUCUUCAGCAUCCACAGGGAGACAAGGUGGUGGUGAGAGCAGCAGUAGCAGCUCCUCAGCCCUGUGCAGCACUGCUUUACGCAGCAGGACAGAAAUUGCCAGAGACGCUCCUCAGCUGCUCCGAGGAUUCCGGAAACCCACAAGUGGGCAAAUGAAGAGGAACAGGGGAGAAGAUGUAGACUUUGAGACGCCUGGUUCCAUUCUCGUCAACACAAACCUGCGAGCGCUGAUCAAUUCCAGGACCUUCAGUGCGCUGCCCCUACAUUUCCAGCAGCAGCUCCUUCUCCUCCUUCCUGAAGUGGACAGGCAGGCUGGGACGGAUGGACUGAUGCGCCUUAGUGGGAGUGCUCUGAAUAACGAGUUCUUCACCCAUGCUGCCCAGAGCUGGAGAGAGAGACUGGCUGAUGGGGAGUUCACUCAUGAAAUGCAGAUGCGCCUAAGACAAGAAAUGGAGAAGGAGAAGAGGACAGAGCAGUGGAAGGAGAGAUUCUUUGAGGACUACUAUGGGCAGAAGUUGGGCUUGACCAGAGAGGAGCCUCCGCAGCAAAAAGCAGCACCAGAUGACACAGAGAACAGGACUACCUCAGUCUCCCAAGAGGAACCUGCGAGCGUGCAACGUGGCCCUGUCACCCGGCAGCGAGAUGGACGCUUCAAGAAGCGUGCCCUCCGAUGCAGGACCCGGGGGAGCUUGAACAAACUGUGUCAGGCAGAACAAGCAGAGGCUGCCAGAGAGACAUUGGCCAUGAAGCCAGACUCCCCCAGUCGUAGGGAGAUGAAACCAGAGGUGGACUUGUGUGAGAGGAGCCGGCUGUUUCCAAAAUCAGAGAUUCCAUCUGAGGCAACCAGGAUCCUGAGCAAGGUAGAUGUGAUGUCAGUGGCCACAGCAUCGGGCCGAAUCCCCAGCUUUUCCCAGGAGCCGCAUGAUCAGGAGUCCAAGGAGCAGAAGAGAAAAUGCUUUGAACAGGCUGCCUCUGCCUCUUUCCCCGAGAAGAAGCCCCGGCUCGAAGAUCGUCAGUCCUUUCGUAACACAAUUGAAAGUGUUCACCCAGAAAAGCCACAGCCCACCAAAGAGGAACCCAAAGUCCCACCCAUCCGGAUUCAGCUUUCCCGCAUCAAACCCCCCUGGGUGGUUAAAGGUCAACCAGCCUACCAGAUACGUCCUAGGGUUAUCCCCGAUGCAGAACCCUCCAGCCAGGACCGGAACAGGGACUCAGCCUCUGCUGACGUUAAGGCCUGUGCUGUGCAAAGCAGGAUCCAGCGAGAGGCUGCUGCUCCUGCCACCGCCAUUGGAGGUGGGGGUGGGCCAGGAGGAGGUGGCAGGAGCACGGAUGAAGGUGGCGGCGGCGGCGGCAGGAGGAUCCGGCAACCCAGUAACCACCCCAAAUGCUGGCGAUCGAAGAGAACUCGCAGGAAGUGUGUGUCAGAUUUACAGCGAACACAGUUAUUGUCGCCUUCCCACCUAGAAGAAGAGACUAGCUCUGAGCUGACUAAAACGAACUUGCCUGCUUAUGAGCAAGAGGCCUCUGAGGCUGAGGAAGCCCUUGCCUUUGGGCAAGCUGCCAGCCUCACUUCACUUGGGGCGGAAUGUGCUGUCCAGCUUGCAGAGGCUGCAGGAGGCAGCCACUUGGGUGAUGCUGUAACUGACUUGCCCCUAGGCUGCAUAGCCACAGAGACACCAUUGGACAGCGCUGGGCAGCUCUCAGGUGGCCUAAGCUGUGAACCGCCUCCAAGUGCUGCUUCCCAAGAGGGUGAUGACAGAAAGGAGGGAAGUGAUUUUCCUCCAAGUGGCCAACGCAGCCUUUCUUGGCUACAGGGUCCUCCAGUGAAUCCCCUUGAAAGGGCAAGUAGAAUGGAAGGGCAUGAACGUGGUGAUGCUCUCAUUCUGAGCUGCAGCUCUCCUGUGAAGGAAGCCACCUCUGUGAGUUCCAGCCGUACCAUAGAUCUGGAGAGCAGUGAGGAGGAUGGGCUUGACGUGGUGCCUGGCUCUCAUGCAGAGGAGCACCUCCCAGAUCCAGAUCAAGAGAACUCCAGCAGUAUUGGGAUGGAGCUAGCUUCACAGUGGCGUGGGAGAGAAAUGGCAAGUGGGCUACACAGCAGCAGCAAGAAUGAAGCUUCUCUGUCAAAGCCAGUUCCACUGUCCGAAGGCGUGAAUCCUUCCCAUGGCAGCCUUGCCUCCAAGAGUUGCCUUCCUCCCUGGGAGGUGCUGUUGAGGACAGGGGCAGGGACAGGUAGCCAGCAGGCACAGCCAGUGCCAAGCACCAACCCCUCUAGUGACGAGGAAACCAGGAGCAUGCUGAGCGAGACAACCGAGACAGCAUCUGACUUGGAAGCUGAGCUAAUGGAUGAGAAUGCAGAGUUGGACUGGAAUGGCGGCAAAGCGACAGAGAAAGGAGCUGAUCCCAACAGGGGCCACCUGGGGGAAUAUAAUGGGAUCAGAUUUGAAGGUUCUGUAAGAACUGACACUCCCUCAUGCAGGGAGGACUUGCCUUCAGAAGCAGGGACCACCAACGUCUGUCAGCCACAGUGCUGGAGACCGCAGCCAUCUCUCCUCCAGGAAGCUUGUGAAUCUUCUCCCCAUGUUGAUUUACAAGGCCAGGAAAGACCACUGGUGGAGACCCCCAAGCAUCUGUCUGUACAAGCAAGCAACCCUCGUGUGGUGCCGUUUCUCAGAGGAAGGCUGCCUCUGAAAACAGUCCUUUCAGGGGCUCAGAGCAGCACCAACAUAGCAGCUGCAGCCUCUUCUCUAGCCAGGCCCUCUUCAAAGUGUGGUUCUUUCCCAGUGGCAAACAAGACCUCCCUUUCCCAAAAGCUCCCUUCGGAUGAGGGGAUGGACGCGCCUGGCACAGUCAGAAACGGAUACUGUGCACCAAGGUCUUUGAGGGACUUUCCCAAAGGGCAGGGCACUGCUGGCCCAACAUCUUUGCCUGUGAAGAGGGUAGAGAAAGAGCCAAAGGGCUUGGGGAAGAGUCCUCCGUUGAGCUCCAAGUCUGAUGCUCCAGCGAGCACUUCCCAGAGACCUGAUAAGUUGGGCCUGAGAGGAGGGACGGUCUCUCCCUGCCCUUGUGAAGAUCAACCGGAUUCUUCUGCUGCUGUCCCUGCAGAAUCUGUUGCCGGUGGGAGCCCAAAAGGGAAGCUGGAAGCAACCGCAACGCCUUGCGUGGCCCCCUGCGUAGGCCCAGAUUCUGUUCCCAAGAGCCACGGCGCUCAUGGGAAGAAGGUCUUUGGCUCCAGCUUCCCCUGCAGUGCAACUGCUAGAGUGCAGCAGCAUCAGCAUCACAAAGGGCUGGAGCCCUUCCCCAUGCUGGGCAUGCUUUCACACAGCAAGCUAGUGCCGCCACCGAAGACGGCCGUGUCUGGAAGUGGCAUGCAAGCCGUCAGGGAAGACUGGCCUCCAAAGCAGCGCUUGCAUGCUGGAGGCGGCAGAGGAGUUGAGAACAAGAAUGUCCUGGUGUGCUCCAGCCCAGCUAAGAGGAAUGUGGAGAAGAGGAAGGAGGCCUCACCUAGCCCUGUGGAGCUGGUGGAGCAGCACUUGCAAAGCAUCCCUCUGGGCCGGGACUUGCCCUUUUUCAAGUUGCCAAGAGAGCCAGGGAAAGGACUUGCCCAGCCGCUGGAGCCGUCCUCCGUCCCUUCUCAGCUCAACAUCAAGCAGGCGUUUUAUGGGAAGCUUUCAAAGUUGCAGCUUAAUUCUGCCAGUUUUAAUUAUGCCUCUAAUGUGCCAGUUUUUCCCAGAAGUCUUGCAGGAAGUAUGAUGCAGCUAAACCACAAAGCGAACUUUGCUGCAUCCCGUGGCGUCUCUUUCUCCGCACAGAUGUUUGCUGAUAGCAGCAGCAUGGAAGAAAUUUCACUCAAGUGUUCAUGCAGCCUUAAAGCCAUGAUUAUGUGUAAAGGCUGUGGGGCAUUUUGUCAUGACGACUGUAUUGGCCCCUCCAAGCUUUGUGUGUUGUGCCUUGUGGUAAGAUGAUGAAUUACAGCCCUGGAAGGAAAAGCUGUGUAUUUAGCGUGUCUGUUUUGAUAACAAGGAUCCUGGAAUGUGUACACAAAAUAUCAUUCAGGUCAUAAUAGAGGCAAUGUUAACAAUGUAUGUUUUGAUUUCCCUGCUAGAAUUGGCAAUUGGCCGUGGGGACUGCCCAGUUUAUGAGGGUUUGUUCCCCACAGGAACUGCUGAACAGUCUGCUUGUGGGCGGGCCCGCCCUGGCACUGGUGGUUUGUGUUCCAUCAGCCCUUGAAGGGAAGGGAGGAGGGUGGGUUUGCUCCAAUGGAACUGGAGCUAGCGCCCUCCAUUUUUUAGGGCUGGGCUAAGUGGACCCAGCUUGCUCAGGUGGAGCUGAAUUCAGUCUUCCAUUCUCCCGUCCUGCCAUCUUCCUCCCCUGGCCUGGGGUGGAGGAAUAGGUUUUUUGAGAUCCCUCCAUUUAGAGAGAGCAGGAAAUAAGUGGUUGUGGGCUUCAGAGUUUGAAUGCAGGAUGAGGGUUGGCCAUUGGAAUAGUGAGCUUGUCCACCUUCUGUGUUGGAGGAGCCUGGCUGUGUGCAGCUGUCAGGCGGAGGCUUUAGCGGUCGUCUUCUGUAGCUGGAAGCCUCCUUGUCAGAGGACUUGCAUCACCAGAGAGGAUGGGGCUAUGUAUAACUUCUUACUUUCUAGGCAGUGUCAUUUUUAUAUAUAUAUAUAUAUAUAUAAUUUUAAGCUUUUUGUUCUUGGGUGUAAAAAGUAAAAUGUUUGGCUCCUAUAUGUACCCUCUAUGCACCUGUUGGAUCAUGUAUUUAUAUGUUGUACACAGUACUGGGCAAUUCUGUAAAUUGAUGUUAUGUACAUAAAAGGGUUUUUAAAAAUUCCUUUAUUUUUCAGGCUGCAGCAGUAUUGCAUUAAAGUGGUGUUGGUUACUAAUUGCUGUCCAUAAUCAGAGCUGCUGUGUUCUGCCCUGCCUCUUGCAAAGUCUGACCUGUCUCACACUGCCUCUCCUGCUGUGUUGUUUUUUUUUGGGGGGGGGGGGGAGGACAGCAUUUGUUCCAGGUCUUGCCCAGCUGCUCAGGCUCUGAAGUUUUGCUUCUUGCUUGCCCUCCUGUAACUCCAGAGAGCGCUGGAGGCAAGUGCCCAGGAACUGGUGUGCCUACCGAGUGGGAGCAGACAAGCCGGUGCGUGUCAUCUUUGGGAAGUGCCCACUGAGGAGGGAGGAAGCAGAUAGGUGGUGAAAGUCUGUCACUUUCCUUUUCUCCUUCCUUCAGCUCCUACCUACCUCUUCCUUGACCAGGCUCCUCUUUUCCUUUAAUCUGGAGUUCAGCUCCAGAAUGGUUUACUCUUAAAUCAGUGUGGCAGCUUUUUAGCUGGAAACGGAGGAAAGAGAAGGACGUGAAAUGAAUUGCGGUAUUAAAGGUAACUAAGCUGAUGGUCGGAAAUCUGCUUACCAAAGAUGGGGGGCAGAGCUGUGGCCCCUCACUCUGCAUCCUCCAGGGCCACUAUUGUGUACAGACAGGCUGGUCUGGUGCAGGGGGAGGCCUCUCUGAUGACCCCUGGUGUUGUAUGUCCCGUGUGGUAUUGGAAAAAAAUAAACAUUUUGAAAAAGUGAA